ACGGUUUGGUUUUGGGUACCUAUUCUUGACCCACGGCCAUUUUGCCAUUGCCAUGAUCGCGCGAUCGCGCCUGGCGCCGGCAUCAGCCUUUUCUCGCUGCUUCUCUGCGGGAGGAAGCUACGACUACAUCAUCGUGGGCGCUGGCUCUGCUGGCGCCACCAUCGCUCAUCGCCUGGUGAAAGAUGCCGGCGCAAACGUUCUGCUCAUUGAGAACGGCAGAAGCCACGUGGGCAGCUGGGACUGGUGGAAGAUCAACAUGCCGGCAGCGCUGACCUACAACCUGGCCGAUGCCAAGUACAACUGGGACUUCUACACGGUGCCCCAGAAGCACAUGGACGGCCGGCGGCUGCACCAGCCGCGGGGCCGCGCGCUGGGCGGGUCCUCUAGCCUGAAUGCCAUGGCCUACGUGCGAGGCCACGCCUUGGACUACGAGCGCUGGGCGCAGGAGAUCGGCCCCGGCGGGGAGGCGUGGUCCUACAGGCACGUGCUGCCCUACUACAAGAAGGCCCAGCGCCACUCUGAGGGAGAGUCUACCUACCGAGGAGGCUCCGGCCCCUUGGCGGUGACGCGGCAGCGGUCUCCGGCCGUGCGCGCCAUCAACGACGCCUUCGUGGCCGCCGGAGAGGAGGCUGGCUAUCCUAGGACGGAGGACAUGAACGGCUUCCAGCAGGAGGGCUUUGGAGCGAUGGACAUGACCGUAACGCCGGAGGGCGUGCGCGCGAGUACCUGGGAGUGCUACUUGAAGCCUUUGCUGCACCCAAAGACCCCAGAGGACGAGGAGGCCAGCAAGCGGUUCCAGGUGCUGACGGGCCAGAUGGCCGUGCGCCUGCUCUUUGAAAACGACAAGGCGGUCGGCGUGGAGACCAUCCCGUCCCCCAAGCCGAAGAAAGGCGGGGGCUUCCAUCGUGAGAGCUCCGGCACCACGGAGAAGCACUUCGCCAAAGCGGAGGUCAUCCUUUGCGCAGGCGCCGUGGGGUCCCCUCAGUUGCUCAUGCUGAGCGGCAUCGGCCCUGCCAAGGAGUUGGAGCGCCUGGGCGUGCCGGUGCGCCUGGACCAGACGCUGGUGGGGGAAAAUCUCCAGGACCACUUGGAGUUCUACGUGCAGUACUUGAGCGACAAGAACUGCUCGCUGUACCCCUACGCCGCCACGUUUCCGGGACUCGGCCUGCUGUCCCGCUACGCCUACCGCCAGCCCUGGAAAGCCAUCCACGCUGGGGUCCUGUGGAUGCUGCAAGGUGCCGGCGUCGGUGCCUCCAACCACUUCGAGGUGGGCGGCUUCAUACGCUCCAAGGCCAACUUGGCGCACCCAGACCUGCAGUACCACUUCAUCCCUGGCAUCGUAGUGGGGCAGCUCGACUUCCUGGCUGCGCACGGGUACCAGGCCCACUGCGGCACCAUGCGCCCCACGAGCAGGGGCUCAGUAAAGCUGGCCUCGGGGGAUAUCCUCGAGGCCCCGUUGAUCGAUCCAAACUUCCUGGCCACCGAGGAGGAUCGGGUGGACCUGCGUGAGGGCCUACGGCUGACGGUGGAAAUCAUGGAGCAGCAGGCCCUCAAGGCCUUUACCCAGGCGAGAUACGCCCCGACAGACGUGAACCUGGAGAGCGACGAGGAGGUGGAUAUCACCUCUCCUGCACGUGCCCCAUGGGCAAAGUGGUGGACGCAGAGGGCAGAGUGAAGGGCGUUGACAGCCUGCGGAUCGUGGACGCCUCCAUCAUGCCCUCCAUGACGAGCGGCAAUCUUAACGCGCCCACCAUCAUGUUGGCCGAGCUCAUCGCCGACCGCAUCCGCGGGAACACCCCAUUGGCGCCGGAGGAGAGCGCCGGCUGGUACGAGCCGCCGAAGUGGCAGACCUCGCAGCGCUGAUGGCGCCGCUUCGGUCAAAGUGACUGGCUGGGUCGUUCAGCGGCACAAUGUCCCUAUGGGUCCUGAUGGACAUUGGGCACAUGGAAC